AUCCCUCUACAUCAUGAAUGAACAAUCCACAGUUCUUGCACAGGCCUUUCACCUUCUCAUAAACAAAUGAUCGAUCAACCACCACAGUAGGGGAGAAAGAAAACUUACGAUACAACCGAAAUCGACGUCUUGUAUCAAUCACCAAUCUGAUGCAUUGCUCUUCAUCCUUACGACAAAUUUCGACCUGAUCAAAUUUCUCCACUUUCCCGGUUACAUAUCCAAUCAUCGACAAGGCCAGUUUGUUGCACAAUUUCGAAGCAAUCCUCGUACUGCCAUCCAGAUCUCCAUGUAUUGGAGAGGAACCGAGUCAAUGGGUGACACCCCAUCAUACGGCGAGGAGGAGCAUCGUGUUUCGAUAAAACCAAGGACCGCCAUGGAGAUAUUUGCUCUGAUCUGAUUCACGAUCAAUUGGAAUACGAAUCUAUCCCCAAUAGCAUGGAUAGAGAGCCCUUGUCGCAUCCUCCAAAUGGUAGUGAUGGAUCCAACCAAUCCAGCAAUAUUAGGGUUUCGAGUAAGAAGUCUGCCCACCAUAUAGUGGUGUUCCGCCCCCAGAUCAAUAUGCGCCUCAUCAGAUAGAGUGAAAGGCAGCAGCCAUCGUAGAGAUGGAAUCAACCAUGGAAAAUGACUGAAGAGAGCAGAGUAUAUAUCUUGAAAUCUGCUCAGGUUCAACCUUUAAAUUUUCCUAUAUUUUGCCGAAAAGUUUUACAGUGUUCUCUAUAUAUGCUCCUAAGCAAGUACAGAUACAUUUCUCUAGUCCUUAUCCCACAUGCAUAUUCAUGCAGGAGGAUUCGAAGUAGAACUAAGAUAAGUGAAAGAUGAAAGUGGCAGUGAUUGGUUCUGGUAUUAGUGGUUUGGUCUCAGCCUACGUUCUUGCAAAAGAAGGCGUUGAAGUGGUUCUAUAUGAGAAAAAAGACUACCUGGGUGGCCAUGCCAGGACUGUCACAUGUGAUGGUGUUGAUUUGGACCUUGGUUUCAUGGUCUUCAAUCAUGUGAUAUAUCCAAAUAUGAUGGAGUUCUUUGAGAGCCUUGGAGUUGAUAUGGAGACAUGCGAGAUGUCCUUCUCAGUGAGUUUAGAUAAAGGACGGGGCUGUGAAUGGGGUAGUCGAAAUAGUUUCUCAAGCUUGUUUGCAGAAAAGAAGAACUUGUUCAACCCAUAUUUCUGGAAAAUGCUUCAAGAAAUCACCAAGUUUAAGCAUGAUUUGAUCAGUUAUCUUGAGGUGCUUGAGAGUAACCCAGACAUUGUCCGGAAUGAAACCUUGGGGCAGUUUAUUGAGUCACAUCACUACUCUGAACUAUUUCGGAAGGCUUACCUUAUUCCAAUAUGUAGUUCAAUCUUGUCGUGUCCUUCAGAAGGAGUUAUAAGCUUAUCAGCUUUCUCUGUGCUUUCGGUUUGUCGCAAUUAUCAACUACUUCAGCUAUUUGGCGGCCCACAGUGGCUUACCGUCAAAUGGCGUUCACAGUGUUAUGUGAAGAAGGUGAAAGAAGUGUUGGAGACUAGGGGUUGUCAGAUAAGAACCGGCUGUGAGGUACAUAAAGUUUCCACAACUGAUGAGGGUUGCACUGUUUUUACUGGAGAUGGUUUUGAGGAAAUUUACAAUGGAUGCAUUAUUGCUAUCCAAGCCCCCAAAGCCGUGAGAAUAUUAGGAGAUCAGGCAACGCCUGAUGAACUGAGAAUACUUGGCGCCUUCCAACAUGUGUACUGUGAUAUUUUCCUUCAUCGUGACAAAACUUUUAUGCUCCAAAAUCUAGCAGCAUGGAGUGCAUUAAACUAUCUUGGAAGUACUGAAAACAAAGUAUGUUUGACAUACUGGCUCAAUCAGGUUCAGAACCUCAGAGAAACACGUCAACCAUAUCUUGUGACACUCAAUCCAGAUCAUACACCAAACCACACCUUGCUUAAGUGGUCAACAAGCCAUCCAGUCCUAUCUGUUGCUGCAUCGAAAGCUUCGCUGGAGCUUCCUCAUAUUCAAGGAAAGAGAGGAAUUUGGUUUUGUGGAGCAUACCAGGGUUAUGGCUUCCAUGAGGAUGGGCUAAAGGCUGGAGUGGCUGCAGCAUAUGGUAUGCUUGGGAAAGGUUGUGCCCUGUUGGGAAACCCAAAACAUAUGGCUCUUUCAUUGACAGAAACAGUGGCACGCCUAUUUGUUACUACAUUCCUUAGACAUUAUAUAUCUACCGGAUGUUUAAUCUUAUUAGAAGAGGGAGGCACAAUGUUGACCUUUGAGGGAAGCAGCAAGGACUGUUCUCUAAAAUCCGUUCUCAAAGUUCACAGUCCUCAGUUUUACUGGAAAGUAAUGACACUGCAGGCUGAUUUAGGCAUUGCAGUUGCAUAUAUCAGUGGCGAUUUUUCUUUCAAUGAUAAGGACCGAGGUCUUCUAAAUCUUUUUAUGUUUCUCACUGCCAACAGAGAUUCUAAUGCCUCAAAAUCAAACAACAAAAGAGGAUGGUGGCAGCCUUGGUUUUUCACAGCCACUAUAGCCUCAGCCAGAUACUUCUUUCAGCAUGCUUUUACGAAAAAUAGUCUUGCACAGGCUCGAAGGAACAUUUCUCAUCAUUAUGAUCUGAGUAAUGAACUAUUUUUGCUGUUCUUGGGCGAAACAAUGAUGUAUUCCACUGCAAUAUUUAAGACAGAAGAUGAGGAAUUGAAUACUGCACAGCUUAGGAAAAUCUCUACUCUCAUUGAUAAGGCUAGAAUCGAUGAGAACCAUGAGGUUCUAGAUAUUGGUUGUGGUUGGGGAACCUUAGCUAUUGAAGCAGUUAAACAAACGGGCUGCAGAUACACCGGCAUCACUCUAUCUGAGGAACAACUUAAAUUUGCUGAAAAGAAAGUGAAAGAUGCUGGACUUCAGCACCGGAUCAAGUUCCUUCUGUGUGACUACCGCCAAUUGCCUUGUGACCACAAAUAUGACAGAAUCAUUUCUUGGCAAAAUUCAGGCUACUUCAUAAAGGAAUAUAUAUUUAGCCAUGGCCGCUUCUUCUGGAUGUCUGGUAUGAUCUGUUAUCAGCCAUGUCUACCUUCAUUAAGUAGGGUAACAUCAGCCAUGGCCGCUUCUUCUGGACUCUGUGUGGAGCACUUGGAAAACAUUGGAAUUCAUUAUUUCCAAACACUAAGAUGUUGGAGAAAGAAUUUCUUAGAGAGACAGAGUGAAAUACUCGCUCUUGGAUUCAAUGAAAAUUUCAUCCGGACAUGGGAAUAUUAUUUUGAUUAUUUUGCUGCUGGUUUCAAGUCAUAUACACUUGGAAAUUACCAGAUUGUGUUUUCAUGUCCUGGUAAUGCUCUCACAUUCAACAAUCCAUAUAAGGGUUUCCCUUCAGCAUAUUGAUGAUUAUGCCCUAUGAACUGCUAGGAAGAAUAAGGCGCAUAGUAAACACAUCUCCAUUUGAAUAAGUGAUUACAAAUCUACAUAUUCAUUUGAGAUGUAUUAUUGCUUAGAUUGCUUGUCAAACAUGUAAAGAUUUCAAGUUUGAAUAAAAGAAGCAAACAAAAAAAUGGAGUUCGAAUAAAUAUU